CUCUAAAAAAAAAAAAUACAUGCAACAUUGCACAAAAAAAAACAGCGAAACAGCAAGACCACGAAAGGUGAACGUGUUAUAGCGAGGGACCACUGUAUUACAUUUUAUUCACUGCUGAAGAACUUUGAGCUGCACUGGUAAAAGUUUUUAUGUGAAAUAUUUUGGCCUUUGACAUCAUGUGCUCCACGGCGUCCAUCCUCAACCUGUGCAUCAUCAGCGUGGACCGCUACUGGGCCAUCUCCAGCCCCAUCAGGUACGAGCGGAAAAUGAUUCACCACGUGGCGUUUGUCAUGAUCGGGGUGGCGUGGACGCUCUCCAUUCUGUUCUCCUUGAUUCCCGUGCAGCUCAACUGGCACCGGGCCGGGGAGGAGGAGCAGGAGGUGGCGAUGGAGGAGGUGGCGAUGGAGGAGAUGGCGGUGAUAAUGGCUGCCAGCGGAAAGAACUUCACAAACACAAGCAGCUUCAACUCAAAUGACGUCGCCGCCCAGAGCUGUGUGGCCAACCUGAAUAAGACCUACGCCAUCUCCUCCUCCUUUAUCAGCUUUUACAUCCCAGUGGUGAUCAUGAUCGCCACCUACACCCACAUCUACCUGAUCGCUCAGACCCAGAUCCGUCGGAUCAUGUCUUUGGAGCGCUGAUCAAAUAUGGCAGCUUUGUGUUGUGCUGCAAGUUAAAACCAAUUGUCCCCAUGAGCACAGCAUCUAACAACUCUCCUUCAAAAUAGCGCUAGAAUUUAACUGGACACCGUGGUUUUCAGUGGGAGAUACAUUCAUCACUCAGCCGUGACAAAACAGUUUUCCAUGGAAACAUCCAGAGGAACUAAUCUUUGUUGUUGUUUCUCUGGGCUCAAUUUCAGCCUCAGCAGCAUCUCACAGAAGAAAACCACCGUAAAAUGUUUGCCAAUAAUCAGACAAAAACAUUAAGACAGGUGGUAUUCUCUGGAGUGUAAGACCAAAACUGAACUCAAACAGUGAAUUUACAUUAGACUGGAAUUCAUAAGAUAAAUAGAAAUACUGCUGAAGCUGAAUGAUAAGUUUUCCGCGCAAUUUAGUAAAAGUACAAAUGUGUACAAGUUACAGACUUCCUCAGUAAGUUUACACUCUUUUGGAGUGAUUUGAAUUGUGUGUUAAAGGAGAAAGAGAUUAGGAGGUAAAGUAGAGGAUGCAGAGUCCAUCAUCACUGAGGCCGUCUCUCCUGCAUGAAGUCCAGGUGCUGAUUUUCCCAUGUGUGCGUCUGAUGUCCCAUAGCUGACUCAGAGCCGUAACACCAUCAAUGACUGCGGUAUGGAACAGAUGUGGGUGUGUAUGGAAGCCCGUU